AUGAACUUCGAAGUCCCCUCCGACCUCCAAAACUACAUCAAACGCCUCGACAAGUUCAUCGCCGACGAAAUCACCCCUCUUCAGCACCAAAACGACAACAAUCGCUUCUUCGACCACCGCCGCGAACACGCCCGCACAAACUGGGACGCCGGCGGCCUCCCGCGCGAAGAAUGGGAAGAUCUGAUGGUCGAGGCCGCGCGACGCGCAGACAAGGCCGGCUUCUAUCGCUUCAGCCUGCCCAAAGAGUACGGCGGACAGAAUGAUGACGGCGGACGCGGAUCGAAUUUGUGGAUGGCGGUGAUCCGCGAGCACAUGGCGAGCAAGGGACUCGGGCUGUUCAACGAUCUGCAGACGGAACAUUCGGUUGUCGGCAACUUCCCGGACAUUGUCAUGGUGCAGCAUUUUGGCAACGCACAGCAGAAGAAGGAGUUGAUUUGGGGGCGCUUGGAGGGGCGGGUGCGGAUCACGUUUGGGCUGACGGAGCCGGGGCAUGGGAGCGAUGCGACGCACAUGGCGACCAAGGCGGUAAAGCAGAAGGACGGCAGCUGGGUGAUUAAUGGUGGCAAGAUGUGGCAGACGGGCAUGCACAAGGCGUCGCAUUGCUUCAUCUUUGCGCGUUGUUCUGGCAAGAAUGGCGAUGCAAAGGGCAUUACGUGUUUCGUUGUGCCGAAGAGCUCGUCGGGCCUUAAGGUGGAGAGUUACGAGUGGACGCUCAACAUGCCGACCGAUCACGCGACGGUGUCGUUGACGGACGUGAAAGUCCCGGCGUCUGCGGUGCUGGGGAAGGAAGGCGAGGGUCUAGCUGUGGCGCAGGCUUUCGUCCACGAGAAUCGCAUCCGGCAAGCUGCCUCUUCUCUCGGCGCGGCGGUGUACUGCAUCAACCAGAGCGUCGAGUACGCUCGCAAACGAUCGCCAUUCGGCAAACCCCUCGCAACAAACCAGGCCAUCCAAUUCCCCCUCGUCGAACUCGCGACACAAUGCGAAAUGCUCCGGCUACUCAUCCGCAAAACCGCCACGGAGAUGGACUCGAUGCCUCACGUCGAAGUGGAGCAGAAACUCGGCGACAAAGUCAGCAUGUGCAAUUACUGGGCCAACCGGCUGUGCGGGCAAGCCGCGGACCGCGCGAUCCAAGUCCAUGGUGGAUGGGGGUAUAGUCGCCACUGCCAGUUUGAGCACAUCUGGCGCCAUCAUCGGCGGUAUCGGAUUACGGAGGGGAGUGAGGAGAUUCAGAUGCGCAAGGUUGCUGGGUAUUUGUUUGGCUUCAUGGGGCCGAAGAAGUCGAAGUUGUGA